UCAGCUACUUAGGUGUGUUUUCGUUUUUAAUUUGCUUCGCAGCGCCCAUAUUGCAGCGGCAGCAGUUGUUUCCAGCUCGGGCGCACUGCAUCUCAACGCCUGACUCUUAUCAGGCACCCAGGGUAGCUCCAAAUCGCCGUGGGCUCUCCAGGCGCCUGGUUAGUCGUUACUCAUCGUUCGAGGCGGUUACAACUAAGACAGAUAGAUUAGCCAAGCAAAAUGCUGGACGCGGAGGUGCGAGAACUUAUGCAACCCUUUGUGCUGAGUGAUUACCAGGUGCAGGAAGUGUACAGUCGCUUUUGCUUGGAAGUGGCCCGUGGACUCAAGCGGUCCACGCAUCCACAGGCCAAUGUCAAGUGUUUUCCCACGUACGUGCAGGAUCUGCCCACGGGCGACGAGAUGGGCAAGUAUCUGGCCCUGGAUCUCGGAGGAACCAACUUCCGGGUGCUGCUCGUCUCGCUGAAAGGUCACCAUGACGCCACGGUGGAUUCUCAGAUCUAUGCCGUGCCAAAGGACCUGAUGGUGGGGCCCGGUGUGGACCUAUUCGAUCACAUUGCGGGCUGCCUGGCCAAAUUUGUGGAGAAACACGACAUGAAGACCGCAUAUCUGCCACUGGGCUUCACUUUUUCCUUUCCUUGCGUGCAGCAAGGCCUUAAGGAGGGCAUCCUGGUACGCUGGACUAAGGGAUUCGAUUGUGCUGGUGUUGAGGGCGAGGAUGUGGGCCGCAUGCUGCACGAGGCCAUUCAGCGGCGCGGAGAUGCCGACAUUGCCGUGGUGGCUAUACUCAACGAUACCACUGGCACCUUGAUGUCCUGCGCCCAUCGUAACGCGGAUUGCCGGGUGGGUGUCAUUGUGGGCACUGGCUGCAAUGCCUGCUACGUUGAGGAUGUUGAGAAUGUGGACCUCUUGCGCGCAGACUUUAAAAAAACGAAGCGGAGUGUUAUUGUAAAUGCUGAGUGGGGCGCUUUUGGUGAGGGUGGUCAGUUGGACUUUGUGCGCACCGAAUACGAUCGCGAAAUCGACGAAAAGUCUCUCAACCGAUCGGAGCAGCUGUUCGAAAAGAUGACGGCGGGCAUGUACUUGGGCAACCUGGUGCGCCUUGUCCUACUUCGUGCCCUCGAGCGCAAGCUGAUCUUUAAACAGAGCAGUCGACGUCCAGAAUUCGCCAGCGUGCUGCAGAGAAACGAAGAGGUUUUCGAGACGCGCUACAUAUCGGAAAUCGAGGACGACUCCUUUCCGGAGUUUGCCAGCACAAGGAAGAUUGUGAAAAAUCUGUUUGGAUUGGAGAAGGCCUCCGUGGAGGACUGCCAGACUCUGAGAUACAUCUGCGAGUGCGUAGCUAAGCGAGCGGCCACAUUAGUAGCCAUCGGAGUGAGUGGACUGGUGAACAGGACCUCCAACCGCCGCGUGAUAGUCGGCAUGGAUGGCUCCGUCUACAGAUACCAUCCAAAGUUCGAUGCCUACAUGAGGCAGACACUCCAAAAGCUGGUGAAAGCAGACAAGGAGUGGGACAUCAUGCUAUCUGAGGACGGAUCCGGACGUGGAGCUGCGCUGGUGGCCGCGGUGGCCAGUAAAACAAAGUAGGAACUCACUGCUAUUGUAGUAAUUGUAAUAAAACAAAUCUUAACUCACAA